UCACCGUCCCGCGGGGGAGGGCUGCGCUGAGUGGCCGAAGCGCACGCGGGCUCGGCUGAGCAGGGCGAAUAGGAAUGGAGCACACGGGGUGGCUCCAAGCCUCGGAAGAAACUGCGGCGGGGCCUCGCCUCGUCGCCACCCCCAGCUCUCCUUCCCGAAGGGGUUAAGCCAGGAGUGCCUCGCGCCCCUCCCUCCCUCCCGCGUCCCUUCGGCUUCCCUGCUCUCUCCUUGAGGCCGGACCGGGAAGGAACCAACCAAGCGGGGCUGGGGAGCUGCGCAUUUGCUUUGCACCGCACCCGGAGCCCAGGCAGGAGAGGGCAGGAGGCUGAAGAAGUAGGACCCUUUCGACUGAUCACACUGGGACUUUGAUUCUUUUCCCAUCACAUUAGAGGAAGGUCUUUCUACACAGUGCAAUCAUGACUACUUCUGCCUUGCGCCGGCAGGUUAAAAACAUUGUGCAUAACUAUUCUGAGGCAGAAAUUAAAGUGCGUGAGGCCACUUCCAAUGACCCAUGGGGACCACCCAGCUCCUUAAUGUCCGAGAUUGCAGACCUGACCUUCAAUACGGUGGCUUUUGCAGAAGUUAUGGGCAUGAUCUGGAGGCGGCUGAAUGAUAGCGGCAAGAACUGGCGCCACGUCUAUAAGGCACUGACUCUUCUGGACUACCUCAUCAAAACUGGCUCAGAGAAAGUGGCUCAUCAGUGCCGGGAGAAUCUGUACACCAUCCAGACCUUAAAGGAGUUUCAGUACAUAGACCGUGAUGGCAAAGACCAGGGCAUUAAUGUUCGUGAGAAAGUGAAACAGGUAAUGAGUCUGCUGAAGGAUGAGGAGAGGCUGAAGCAGGAGAGAGCCUAUGCCUUGAAAACCAAAGAACGGAUGUCCCUGGAGGGCAUGGGUAUCAGCAGCAGCAACAGCCAGCAGCUUUCCUAUGGACGGCGGGCAUCACAGUAUGGCGAUGACUAUGGCAGGACAAGGGGAUCUCCCUCCUCCUUCAACUCGUCUUCCUCAUCCCCUCGGUUCAGUUCUGACUUGGAGCAAGCAAGACCACAAACUACUGGAGAAGAGGAGCUCCAGCUCCAGCUCGCCCUGGCCAUGAGCCGAGAAGAAGCAGAGAAGCAGCCACAUCCUCCCAUCUCCAGCACAGAUGAAGAAUUGCAAUUACAGAUAGCACUUAGCCUGAGCAAAGAGGAGCAUGAGAAGGAAGUGAGGGCCUGGCAAGGAGAAAAUUCUCUAUUGCAGAGGGCACUGGAAGAGAGCAACUUGGGUGCCGAGGAAGAAGAGGAAGAAGAGAAGACAAAGAAAAGUCAGUCUUCUGUGUUAGAGCUGGCGGACAUUUUUGGACCAGGACCAGCCUCCUCUACCCACACAUCUGCUGACCCAUGGGAUAUUCCAGGUGGGGGCACCCCUCGGUCCCUUGAGGUUUGGAAUCAUGACUCAGCCUUCUCUCCCCCACCUCUGCCCUUGUCCAGUUCUUGGGAGCAUAACAGUGGCCAAGCCACUAUGGAAUCCACAGGAACAUCUUGGGGGCCCACUGCAGACCCUUGGGCUCCUGUACCUUCAGGAGAUCCUCCAAGCCAAGGAACAUCUUCUACCAAUCAGGCCUCUCCAGGACCUUGGGAUCUUCCUCCCACUUCUGCGUCCUCCUCGGACCCCUGGGGGAUGAAACCCCAGCCUUCAAGUGUCCCAUCUUCAGACCCUUGGGGGAAGCCUUCACCACCUGUUCCAGUCUCUGCAGCCACUACUUCUGCUGCUGAUCCCUGGGAAGGUGCUCUUGACACAGCAGGCAGUGCUUCUUUGGAUUUGUUUGCAAAACUACCAGAACAGACAGAUCAACCAGAUCAUGAUGGUUCUCAAGCACCAUCCUCUGUGAAAUCCAACAGCCCUAUAGACGUUGGCCUCUUUGAUGACUUUAUUCCAAGCACCAGGGAAAACGGAGUGAAGAAUAAGGAUGUUUUUGACAUGGCUGGUUUAGCGGACUCUCUUCCUGAUCCAAGGAAAGACAAGAAAGAUAACAAAACUCCAGAGACUUUCCUUGGUCCAAAUGCUUCUUCAUUAGUUAAUCUAGACUCUUUGGUCACAGUACCACAGAACAUGAAGUCUCGCAACCCAUUCCUGGCAGGUCUCAGCACACCUUCUCCCACCAACCCAUUCAAUGUCGUUGACCAGCCCAAACCAACUCUCAACCAGAUGAGGACCAGCUCUCCAGUGCCUGGUGUUGCAAUGGGAAUGAGCAUGAACUCCAUGACCUACAGUGCUUCUCUUCCUCUUCCUCUCAGCAGCAUCCCACCAGCAAUGACCCUUCCAGCCUCUGUGAGCGCCUUUCCUCAGGCCGGGGCAGGGCCAUUCCCAGAGCUACCCAACAACUUGCCUCAGCCUCUCCUCCCGCUAUCUGGCUCAGUCCCACCACCACUCCCUUCCCAAGGCAGUAUGAACCCUUUCCUCUGAGAAGACUGCAUUAGGAUCUCUCUAGUUCUUUUCCCUGCUGUUACGCAGAAUCUACCACUCAAAGGCUUUGUGGCAGUUAAGUUUUGAUGGGAGGAACCAUCUCUUUGGAAACUCUUCUCCUAGUUUCUGCCCCAGCCAAACAGAGUCUGUUAGCAUGAAUCUCCUUCCUUGGUGGGCUACAAAAGGAUCAGCUACUCCAUCAUUUUGAACAUUGUCGAGUCUGCCUCAGAUGGGCAUUGUGAUAUUCCUUUCAUCGGCUGGCCUUUGUUUUGAUGACUCGAAAGGAGUGAGAAGUCCUUUAGAAGGAAGGGCUUCUAUUUGUCCAGGGUCCAUGUACUCCAGUACUUUAAUACUGGAUGGGCAGUGACAAAAAGCAUUUCCAGACCAAUAGCUUCUAGUACUGAGAAGGCAUGGUGCAUCUAUUCCAUAUUGUCCUCUUUAAUAGAUUUAUUUUUGCGUGUGUGAUGAGAAAAAGAUUGGUAAAGUAGUGGAAAAUACAGGAGGAUUACAAAUGAGAGAUGGUGUCAUCGGCACAUCUCUCUCAUGUUUGCAGCAGGAUAAUUGCUCAAUAAAAGCCUUGUCUGGAAGUACCCAAAGAUAAAACAAAGAACUCAAGAUUGUCCCUUCUGUGGGAAGUAAAAUCAUUUUGCAGCCUGCAUGGAAAGCUCACAAAUGUUUGCCAAGACUUGCAGCUAUUUUACCUGCAUGACAGGGCCACAGGCUCACUUUGGGAAAUCAAGACUGCUCAGCAUGCAUAGCAUUGCUAGUUACAAGAAGGGAAACCUACAGUUUUCUUUCCCUCACCCAGAGUCCUCUUUACUAAAUUGUGCCAUGGAGGGGAAAGGACCAAUAGCUUGUUUUUAUGAAACAAAGCUCAUAAAUGUGUGUGAAGGGGACAGAUAAAAACUCAACUUUCAUGAUCUGAAACAAGAAAAAAAAGAAAAGAAAAACAAGUUCCAUAAAUGUUCUUUAUGCCCCUCUUUUAGUCUGCUUGCAAAGUUUGGAGCUUGGUCAACAGUUUUGGAGAUUUGGAGAGAGCAGAAUGAAAACUGAAAAAAAAUGGAAGGGGUAUUAAAAAGACUGGACAAUUUAAAUAAAUGCAGAUACAGUGUGGGAUUGAUGGUAAAGCCAGUGGAUCAUGGAAAAGGAUUGGAAUCUGCACAUUAGCCUCGGACUACCUGAAUGCUAGAAUUAUUUGGCCAACUUCUUUUGGCUUCUGAUUUUUAUGUGGAAAAACAAAGCCCAAAUGUAUACAGAAUAAAAUAGACAUGAGAAACACAUGCCUUUCUGCAGCCCCCAAACGGAGAUGCUCAGGAUUCUGAAGAUGCGGUCACUCCAUUUCUGGACCCAAACAUUCAUUUUCUUGAAAUCGGACAUUUUAGCCUUCUUAGGUUUCUGCUCACUUUGAAUCCCAAUGAUUUUUCUUUGGACAAUUUGUUGUUCAUCUGGAGAAACCAGUUUUCUCCUUUCCCGCCACCUUGGAUGGUCUCUGCAUUAUAUGGUUGAACAUGGACUGUGCUGCUAUCCCCAGUGCCUACCUCUCAAGCUGUGGAGCUCUGUGGAACAAGGGAACGACUGUAAUGCAGCUGCUGUAAAGGGAGCAAGUCCUGCACUCCCACAACACUUGAAUUAACUUUGUGAUGCUCAGCCAAAAUUUCUGGGCAGCUUUAAUGGAGAAAAAUUAUGAAGGACCGUGGUUUGAAUAUAAGUUCAAGAACCCAUACACAGGAGUGUUGUCACUGGAUUCAAUUGACCUGGUGCAUUUUGCUGCCACUCAGACAUACUUUUACAGACUCAAAAAGACAUCAACUUAUAUUUUACCUUCCACUUCAGAUGAUCUUCAGCCCCCAAUCCAGGACUGCCCUGGAUAUUCAUAGAUGACUUCAAAGAAAUGAACUAGAAAGGCUGAGAAGAAAUGUGUGCACAGGGAAAGUUACUACCCCAAUUACCAGCUGUGUCUUAAAGGGAAGAUUCCAAUCAGCAUGCCCAUAAAAGUUGUACAUUCAGGACAAGGUUGCUGUGGAGUAUCGUUGCAUCUGAAACAGACUAAAGGUGGGAUGGAAAGAGUGAUGUGGUUACGAUCCUUAAGGCUUUACUGCCUCUGCUUAAUGACUACUACUACUACCACCACCACCACAGCAAUCACCAGACCAAUACAGAACUAUAAUUGAACAUGCGGUGGGAGUGGGUGGGAGCAGGUGGGAUAAACAAUAAAUAAAACCUUAAAAUGUG